AUGAGUAUCUAUUUUACAGCCAAUCCACAAUAUUACAAAUUUAUUCGACUUUUAGAAAAUGAGGGUGAAGAAUAUAGACAAUUGCAUCACAGAUUUCAAGUUCUUGCCCAACAAACAAAAGAUGAAUUUAGACAAACACGAAACAUGAUAAAUGCAUCAAUGAACACAAUCAAACCUCCUGUAAGAGGUAUUAGGACUGCCGAUAUUCCAAGUGUUCUCAAAAGAAAACCUGAGAAAAGAGCUGCAACACAAACGGUACCUCUUCAUCCAAAAAUAGUUUUUGGGACUAUCACAAACACUAAGUUGCCAACUCCUGUUUAUCACGAUGCAAUUCCAGCCCAAACAAACGGAGCUCAGAGAAUUCUAAAUCCAAAGCGCUUAUUGAAGUAUAAAGAAAACAAUAGAGAACCUCCGCUUUUGAUAGGAAAAGGCGUUAAUUCUGUAAGUCAAGACAAUCCAAACAUGGCUUCGACUUCAUUAAGCUCAUAUAACUUUGAUAUAGUUGAUUGA